AUACACCAUUGCCCACAGUUGUAGCAUGAUAUUGUGCAAGGUGUAUCGAUACACCUUGUUAUUGUGGUAGUUGCCGUUUACACCCGAGAAUGUCCAACACACGCCCCGAUAGCGAUAGCGAUUGAUAUUAAUAUUUUCAAUCGUACGAGAAAAUAAAUGGUACCGAAAUGAUAAAGUAAACGUGUUUUCACAUGAUAAAAAAAUCAAAUCGAGUGCGUUCUUUUUUUGCCAUUAAUCGUCGAUCGUGGACCUGAACAAUCCGUCCUCGUUUCUCAGGUACAUUUCAUUCAAUACAGGUGGUCACUGCGGCAUACGUGAAUAGAUGCUGUGAACAGUGAUAAACAACAACAAGCAUCACCUAGAGUGAUUAGUGUCACUAAUUUACCUCUAAUACAUUGACUUACCAAUACGGGCAAUAAUCAAUUUAAGAGUUUGUUUGUAAAGAACAAGAUAACAACUGAAGAACAGAACUCCAGCAUGACUAAUGAUACGAAAGCUGUUGAAAUUGAAGAAAAACCAGAAACAUCCACGCAGUUGGUUUCUCAACCAUCUGCAAAUGUAUCGACUAGUGCACCAACCGAUGAGGCUUGUACUUCUAAAGAAACUGAACCAAAAGUUGGUGGCUCCGGUGAAGCAACUGAUGCUGUAAAUAGUUCAUCAAAUAAAUUGACUGUAACACCAUUAAAAGAAACAGAUGAUAUGUUAAAACGGCCUCUAGUUGAAGAAGGCAAAGAACGAGGCAAAGAAGUUAAACCGAAAAAACACAAAGAAGAUCAUAACCAAUAUUAUACAGGUAAAAAUGAGGUUUCUAGUCCUAAGCCUGAUAGUAAUGAGAACAAGUCUGGUGGUUUGAUACCUUCUAUUGCUGACAGUCCUGGAGGUGGCCCUAAAGUUCCUUCAUUAAUAAUUGUAAUACCUACAGAAGUAGAUGCUGAUAUGGGUAUAAGAUCAUAUGGCAAGAAUCGAUCACAUAAAUAUACAGCAUUACCGUAUGUAGUACCAUCUGAAGAGUCACAAAUAGCAUCAAAAUAUUUGCAGAAAGCAACUUCUGAUACAAUAGGUGUAGAAGAACAAAAGUCUCUUCAGACCAGAGUAUUACGGUCAUCUAACCGAUGCGGGAGUAACAGUAGUGGUGCACCAAGUCGUAGUACUUCUCCAAUGAUUCAGUUGGGUCAAACUUCGCCUGGUGCUGUGACAGUGGAUGCAGUAUCAGGUAACUCUUCGUCACCGCCUGCUACUCGUUUUGAACAGACUGAAAAUGUUUUGGCAAUCGUUUCUGGAGAUGGCAAACAGGCAGCUACUUCUGCUGCAGCUACUGUGACUACAACGUCAUCUGAUGUGUCAGGGAAGGAACUACAUCCUCGACGACGCAAAUUAAAAGCUAGUCGUACUGAAUCUAAGACUAGUGAUUCAUCUGCUCCUAAUGUUACUGUAGUACCUAAUCCGUUUGGCACAACAUGUGAGCCUGUUCCAGUUCCCAAUUGCUAUCAAAUGUUUUUAGACAUUAGAAAACAAAUUGAUAAGAAACAUAAGAAUUUGUAUCCUGUGAAACCGAAACCACCAUCUGGAUUUAAAGACUAUCUUAUGAACAAGCGCACUUAUGUUUUGGCUGGUAACUAUAAUAGCCGUAUAGUCAAUACACAAAACUCAACACCAGCAAAUUUACACAAGCAGUUGAUAAAGCUGUUUGUUGAACAAGAGAAGGAGAGACAAAGACUUCAUUUACAGCACAAAGUAGAAAAAGAAAAAUUGGUUUUGAGUGUUGAACAAGAGAUACUUAGGGUUCAUGGACGCGCAGCUCGUGCAUUAGCUAAUCAGCUUUUACCAUUUUCUGUAUGUACUAUACUCAAGGACGAUGAAGUAUAUAAUAUUAUGACACCCGAGCAAGAAGAAAAGAAAAAUAGGAAUACACGAUCCCGUUACAAUGGUCGUCUUUUUUUGUCAUGGCUUCAAGAUGUAGAUGAUAAAUGGGAAAAGAUUAAGGAAUCGUUGUUACUGAGACAUCACAAUGAGGCAGAGAGCUUACACGCUGUACAGAAAAUGGACUGGGGAUGGAAGUUGAAGGAAUUACAGUUGUGUACUUAUAGCUCUGAACCCAAUAUCGAUGAAGAGCAUGUACCGAUAGUUCUAGUCAGUGACGAUUUAGAUCUCUUGCCUGCCUAACCUAGUUUUGUUAUUAAUCGAUACAGUGUUGACUGUCGAGUAAUGUAUGAUAUUAUUACUAUUAGGGAAGAAUAAUAAUAUUUUACUUGAAAACUUUUGAAUGUUUGUCACUUGUAUUCGUGCUAUUUUAUCAAUAAUAUUAUAUUAAUAACAAUAUUGUAUGUUUGGCUAAAAAUUGUUUGUUACCAUCAUUUUUAAAUUUAAAUUUAUAAUUUAUUGACAGAUACUUUUAUGAUGAUGAUAAAUGUUUUCUCAAACCAA